AUAAAGAUUUGUAUUUCAGGGUAAGACUCCAUACGAUCUGGCAGCCACAGAAGUAUUUGGGCCAAAUAAAGAAGUGAUGGAAUACUUACAGACUGUCAUGUCAGAGAAAUCUUCAGGCGUGACUGCUGGACUAGUGAUAGAAGAUGAAGUCCCAACUGAAAUUAAAUUAAUGACUGACAAAAGAUCUGUCGAAUUGUACCUUAAAUUACUUGAGUCAGGCUCUGAGAAAAAGAGAGACAUACGUUUAGUAGUAGUUGGAAAGAAAGGGGCAGGAAAGACUUCAUUGAUUAAAAGAUUGUUUGGUGAAGAUAAUACAGAUGUUACCAGUACAAAUGGAAUAGAAAUUCAUAAAAUAAAAUGCAAAGCAAUGUCUGAUGAUGGAAUAUGGAAUAAAUUAGAUGGAAACUAUGAAGAAACUGAAAUUCAUGCAAGACUAUUGAAAGAAUACGAGGAAAAACUUCAGGACAAAGGAACAAUAGAAGAACCAGUAGCAUCCCACAUUGCCAUUAAGGACAACACACCAGCAACAAGUUUUGAUGAAUCAAAGAAAUCAGGAACAGUAUAUCAGCAGCCUAAAAUAAUGACACCUCUAGUAACCACUGAAUCUCAAGUUGAACAUCCGGUAACCUCGCAGCAACCAAACCAAUUAUUAGAACAGGCAAAAAAGGAUAUUGAAACCAUGCUUAAAUCUAAUGUAGAUUUACAUGACAAACAGAAGUAUGCCACAUUAUUUUUAUGGGAUUUUGCAGGAGAUGAAGAAUUUUACCAUACACAUCAAACCUUUUUAUCCCCAGACGCAAUUUAUCUUGUUGUUACAAAACUCAAUGAGGCUGGCGACAAAGAAGCACAAGGUAAAAUUUCAUUUACAGAUACGAUAAGUGAGAAUUAA